AUGUCCACUGAGCAUUUGAGCCAGGUCUUAGAUCGGUUAUCCUUGAACAUGACUGGGUCUGACUGCCUGCGAUUCACUCCCCACGAGGAAGAAUCAUGGCUCGAAGAUAAGUUUUCUCAAGUUCCACAAUAUCUUUAUCGCGUCUCAGUCCACAACAAGUCGGAUGGCGAGACCACUAAGAUCUGGGCGAAAUCCAAGGACGCCAAAAAAGCCAAUCCGGGCCGAGAGAUAAACAUUCUGGACGGCGAUCGAACAGAGAUGGCAGAUAUGCUUAGCAGACACCUUUGGUGGGAGGGUGGUAGUCCAAGCAACCUCCUCUCAUGGACAAGCUCACUGCUCUUCGCUUUACAAUAUGUGUUUUAUCGUCACCAUAGAGACCAUGUUGCUCUUGAAGAUAUCACUCUUUUCAUCGUCAACACGACCACGUUUCAAAGAGGGGCAUUUGUGCAAGAUUUGGACCUCAUCUCCAUUUUUAGCAGGUUUAGUUAUAGUUUACGCAGUAUGGAAAGACUGCGAACCGAGAGAACCGGUGACUUCUCUAAACGUUUCUACUUCGGAGAAUACCUUUCACAAGGCGCACUGAAGAUUGAGGGGAAAUGCAGUUCCGCUACUGGCAAAGAAAUCAUUGACAAGGGUUUAUUCUUUCUGAGACCGGAGCUCAAUGAUUCCUGGAAGCAUGAUCUGGGGUGGGCAAACAGGGUGCUAAAACUGCGAAAAUGUUUCGCUCAUGAACCUGGACACGAAAGUAAAGAAGACCUUGAGCUGCAAGUUGCCCUCGCAUUUGGAAUUGGAAGCUUGUUCGGCUCAGACUGGGAACCGCCUAUUGCGGCCAGUUUACUGGGGCUGAGACGCCGUUCAGCGAGAGAUGUUGAUGCCAUCUGCAAGGCAUCCAUAAAGCUUGCUGCCGGUAAGACCGAAACCCCAGCCAUCAUAUUCAUUGUAAUGACAUUUCUAGGAUGGGAUAUUAUCUACUUCAGGUCAAAUGCAGACUUACGCGCUUUGCCAGAAGUACAGCAGUUUGAAACUAUAAUGCUGGCACUGGUUGGACCUUUUCACAUUCGAUAUAUGCUUGGUGAGGCCACAACAGUCUAUUAUCUGCCUUCAAGAUAA